ACCGGUGAAGAGCCAGAUGAUUGUGAGCUUUGGGCGAUUACACAUAGUAAGAAAGGGAAAUGGACAAACACUGUAUCUGAGGCUAUCUAUGAAACUGCUCGCCGCAAAAUUGCGGAGAAGGAAACCGAGUCACCAGAUAGCUUCAUUCCUUUAGUAGAGAGAAACCUUCUUUUCCAAGAAGCAUACAAGCAAACUACUCGAUCUAAAUCAUCCAAGCUUCAUGGUAAUGGAUAUAUGGCAAGGUAUCCAAGUAGAAGGCAGCUACUGACUGAACGUUUAGAGGACCAGGCCCGUUCUGAAAUGGCAUCCCAUAUGGAAACUGAAGAGCUGAAGGAUACGCUUGAGAAGGUACAAGAACAACUCAAAAACCAAGUUGCUGAAAGGGAAGCCGAGAAGGAGGAACAUAGGCGUCAGAUGGAAGAAUUGCAGAAAGCAAGGCAGGCUGAUAAAGAAGAACUUAGGAAAGAGUUCAUGUCAAUGCUAGCAGCACAAACGCAAGGAGCAUCACCACAGGUUAACCAAGCUGCCAUCGAAACAACAGCCAACGAGAUAGUAGGCAACGAAACAGUAGGCGAUGAAGCAGCAGGCAAUGAAAUAGCCUCAAGUACUCAUCAACCAAUCCUAAAUGAAAGAGAAGGAACAACACAAGACAAUGAAACACCCUUACCUCAGGAGAUUAAUCUUCAAGUCAAGCAGAAAGCUUCUACACCCGCAGGUAACAUAGGGCGCAACACUAGGGGCAGCCUUAUGCGAAGCCAAUCACAAAACAAAGAAGGGAAUGUUACACCAAAUUUUAUUUCUCCAAAACAUUUGCUUGAUGCUGCGGCAAGGAAACGAUCAGCCAGAAAGAAUUGCAUGACAAAUGCAAAGUUUGAGUGGAGAGGGUCUGAUGGGAUUGACCAAAUGAGGCCAAGUCAAGCCAAGUGAAGCCGCAACAUCUUAGAUGUUUUGGUUUAGAAACAAGUGUCUUGGAUAUUUUUUGUUUGAAUAAUGUUUGUGUUGUCUCAGUUUGAAUUUUUGGAUCGUUUAUUCUACAUGUAACAAAUGAACAAGUUAUGAUUUAAUGGCUUUACCAAA